UUGCAGUAGCGUUUCGGUUUCAGUGGCGCGCGCGUACUACUACGACCACGGUUCGACAUUCGUGUGGACCGUGCGUACAACGUAGUAAUAAUAAUUAUAAGUAGUCGCAGCCCGCUAUUCGACGACGACCGAAAUCUACCUACAGAUUAUUAUUAUUUAGACUAACGAUAGCUACGAUCUAUAUAAAUACAUCACAGAUCGAAGAAUUUCGUGGUUCGCCCAUAAAACACCUGCGCGCUACAUAAAUUUUAUAAUAUUUAGGUCCAUACCUCCGCCGUCGCCGCUCCGAGUCCGACCACGAUAAACCAUCGGCAGUGUAAAGUACUUACCUGAUAAUCUGCCCACCCGCACUCACUUACAGACAGAUCGGCAGCGAUAGUGCAAUGCUAGCGUCCAAAGCCGUGGCGUGUCUGCGCACAUUUUUCGCGGUCGUCGCGUUGAUCGUCGGCCGUUGCGCCGGCAAGCCAACGUCUGUCGGAGCAGGAGUUUCGAACCACGACGGCAACGGCGAGAACCAGAAGGAUUCGCUGCCGUUCCAACUCACCAUCAUCGAAGUGUCGCCAGGCGAGACGGCCGUGCUCCAGUGUCCCAGCAACGACGAAAACCACAGGUUCCAGUUCUGGUGGAUGAAACCCGACCAGAUCAUCGGGCCUGGCACCGUGCCUAACAGCGACAAGUUCAAAUACGAAGUCCUCACCGGCACGCUUUACAUUAAGCAAGUAACAGCUCAAGAAAGCGGGAUCUACACGUGCGUUUGUAAACAUCUAGGAAACAUAUCGCUGUCGGCGAGGUCGGUACAGUUGGAAAUAAAAAAGGAAUGGAAAGACCUCUGGGAAAACGACUAUACGGUCAACAGCAUAAGAGUGGCGGCUGUCUUGAGCGUGUUGGUGCUGCUGUUGCUGUUGCUGUACCUGUUUUACCUAACGGCAUACAAAAAUAGUAACAGAACGCUACACUUCAGAGAAGAUUACUCGGACGAAGACGUGUCGAUGGACAGACAGAUGUACAGGAAAACCAACAUAAUGAAAGAAAACAUGUUUCAACACGGCAUUGACAAUCCGACGUUGGAAAAAGAAGCGACCCAAGUGAAAAAUAGCGGAGAAACGAAGGCGUAGUACGUAUAGCGGAUGCAAUAACACAGUUCGUCGGUAUGAAAAAUGUAGUUCCUCGUCGGAGAACGACUGUUCCGAUUUAUUUUCCUUCAUUUUUCUCCGUUUUUAUAUAGUGA